CAACAUUUAUAUGAAACCAUCUCCAUCCAUCCAUCACUUAAAUAUAUUGGAAUUUAUACAGGGUACCUUUCUCCUCGUCUCCUGAUAGAUAUUUUUAAUGACCAAAAGAAAACAUUGAUUGAUAGACACAGAAAAAUACAGCCUUUGACACAACUUUUAAUAGUUAGUAAUUCUACUGCUAUUUUCUUGGACAAUUUCUCAGCUAUAGAGUUUGAGGAAAGUCUCAAAAAUGCUCUAAAGGAAGAUUUUCUUAAUUAUAAUGUAAGUACAGCUAUUGUUCAGGGAGAAGCUCGAGUUGGUAAAACCUGUCUUAAAUCAUUGAUUUUAUCUUUAUCAUAUGAUAGUGUAAGCACCCCAGUUAUUGAAGCACCAUUUGUUGCAUUUGGAAAUUUCUCUAUUGAUUGCUAUGGUAGUACUAAAGGUAAGUGGACAUCAGUUAACAAUGAUGAAAUGGAUGAUAAAGUUAUUGCUGAAUUACAAAAGCAUGCAUUGGAUAGAGGAAAUAAAAUCAAUGCUAAAUCAAGUAGAUCAAUAUCUCAGGAAUUGUCUAAAAAUGAAGAACAUGUUUCGCCAUUUCAUGCAAUUGUAGAUGAUUUAGUUGAAGCAACACAGCAAAGUAUGGAAACAAAUGAAAUUAAUGAUUAUCAAGAAAGUGAAUUAGAAUCAAAUAAUGCAAUACUUGAUGGUGAUUUAGUACAUGAUGAUAUUGCCGACCAACAACCCUUCUCAAUAUCUAAUAAUGUUUCAGCUCACAGGCGAAAAGUUACAAGUAGAUUAUCUCAAAGUUUUAAUCCACUUGAGUAUUGCAAAAAAUGGUGCAAAAUUGAUAAAUUUGGUUCUCACAGAGAGUGGCUGUAUUUCAUUGAUUCUGGAGGUCAGCUUCAGUUUCAAAAGCUAUUACUAGCUUUUAUGCCUCACACUUCUGUUCUUAUUCUAGUGGUCAAUUUAUCUAAAAAUUUCUCUGAUAAAUCGUGUACAAAGAUGGAAUGUCCUGGUGAAACAAUUGAUUCAGGCAAUGGUUAUUCUCUCAAAGUUGAAGAUAUGCUAAAACAAAUUCUUUCAGCUGUAGCUUCUAAUGCACAAAAGGCAACUUCCAUAAUUGAUGACUUUCCUUGGAUUGAACGUAAAGGGGGGAAACUGCUUAAUGUAUUGACAGUUGGCACACACCUUGACAAAUAUGAUAAAAAACGAGAAGAGUUUGAAGUUGAAUCUUUGGAAGAAAAAAGAGAUGGAUUAAGAAUGAUUUUAAAUUCUGUUAGCAAAUCUAUUCAAAUAGUUUAUGCUCCACCUCCUCCACGUAAAAACCCAAUUCAUGUAAUUGAUGGUCGUAAAGCUGAAACUGAUGAAUCCAAUGAUAAAAUUGUCAAAGUAAUUAAAGCUGAAGCUGAUGAAUCCAAUGAUAAAUCUAUAGAAAUAAUUGCGAAAAGCUUAAAAGACCAGUCAUAUGAAAUCAAAGUACCUCUACGAUGGCAUUAUUUUGGCGUUAUUCUUCGUAAGCAAUCAAAGGAAACCAGUGGGAUAUUGCAUUUGUCUUCAUGUGAAGAUUUUGGAGAAAUGCUACAAAUGAAACCUCAAGAAGUUCACAAUGCCCUAAAGUUUUUCCAUAUACUAAAAAUGUUAUUUCAUUAUGAUGAUUCACCAGCAAAGGACAUAGUGUUUGUGAAAUUGGAUGGUCUUAUUAGCAUUAUUAAAGAAUUAAUGGAUGCCAUAACUGAAUUUCGAAAAUUGAAAGGUUUAGAAAGAGAGCAAAGACAACUAGCAACAGUAGGAUGUCUUUCAAUUGAAAAUCUCAAGUCAACUGUUUCUUUUAAAAUAAUUUCAUCAAUAUUUAAUAAUGAUGAUGACUUUGUGUCAAAAAUGCUUUUGGGUCUGUUUCAACAUCUUGACAUUGCUGCACAGCUUUCAGAAACAGAAUUUUUAAUGCCAGCACUUCUUCCUCUUAUUGAUAUAUCUGACACUGAGGUAGCUACUCUUGAAACAAUGCCUUUACUUUUCUACUUUAAAGAUAGAGCUGUUCCUAUGGGCCUCUUUUGUGCUGUUAUAGUGCAUCUUCUCUCAGACUCUUGGAGAAUUACUUCCAGGAAAGGAAAUUAUUCUAAUUUUUUUACAUUACAAAAAACAAUGGAAACUUGUCGAAUAAUAAACUUAACUCUGGUAGAACAGCUUGAUUGCAUUGAAAUACAUUGUGAAAAAACUGCUGAUAGAAUCAAAGUUAAAGAUGCUGUAGAGAAAUCUAUAAAUGAAGUUAUGAAGAAGAAAAAUAUUGAUGAUGAGUUACCAAUUCUGGCAUUUUAUUGUCUGCCACAAUGUGGUGAUGGAAGAGAUCAUAAAGUUACAAAAACGGAAGAUGGCAUUAUUUGUGAGGAAACCAACCAAGAUUUCCAAACAAAUGAAGAGUAUUGUUCUUGGUUUAGAAGUCAGCAAGAUAAAAAUGAUAAUUGUACAAAAGUCCUUACCAUUGGUGACUUGAAUCAUAUAAUAGGAAUAUUAGACAACAAUGGCUUUCCAAGUCACAAAUGGCAUAAACUUGGAGUAAAAUUAAAUAUAGACUAUGAUCAGUUAGAAAAUAUUGAAAAAGAUAAAAAAGAAAGCUAUGAUUGUUAUUGCAAAUGUAUUGCAGUGUGGUUGAAAACUGAUGCUAAACCAACAUACAGCAAACUAAUUGAUGCUGUUGGAUCUAAAGGUACUGGUGAACCUGCUGUAGCUGCUGCCAUUAAAGAACAUUUAAGUGCAACAUAA